GAUCAAAAUAUUCGCGCCGCAUAUUUCACUCUUUAUAACCGUGUCAUAAUAAAAAUUGUUUUCUCCUCUUUCUUCAAAAUUUUAAUAAGCUAAGAAUUUUUUAAAUUUUAUAACAAAAUAUAAAAAUUUUAUAUGUUUCAACCUGAGUUUUUAUUUUAUAUUAAUUAUAAACGAUAAAAUUGGGAAAAACUCUGCAAAUUUACGUAAAUAAAAUAGAAUAGAAUAUAAAAAACUAAAACAAUUGAAAAAGAACAAAAGUAAAUUUUGAAAUAAAAAAAUCGAUUUGUACAAAAAAAAAAGAAAAAUAUGAAAGAAAACUAAGAGAAGAAUAGCAAAUGACAAUUCACUGGUAUCCGUAGAAAGCGUCAUAACGAAAGCAAAUAGAAGAGAAAAACUGUGAAUAUAUUUAAUUCUUAAAAAAUUAUAUAUGUUAUAAAUUUUAUAAAGCGAAUAAAUAUUAAUAAACUCCCAAUAAAACAUUAAGGAAGUAUUCUAAGCCUUAUAAGAUACAAGUUUCGCUCCUUCGCACAUUUAGUACAUUCUAUUAAAAUUGAACUUCAAUAGAAUAUAAAUAGAUAUUAUAAUAGUACAAGUAUGUCACUGUUGCAACAAUUUCCUAUACAAAAUCAAUGUUCAAAUUCUACUUCAAUCUUAGAUCAGAGAAUGUCAAAGAAUAUUGAAAGUGUAAUUCCAAAGAAGAGGCAAGAUGCACUUAAAUGGUAUGGCUGGGGCUACAAUGACUCAAUGUUUUAUGCCAAAAACAAUUUAAUAUGUUUUCGAGGUGAUAAGUAUGAAUUAAAUGGAUCAUCGCUACCUUAUUUUACAGAAUGGGUUUUUAAAACAUUUAAUAUCAAAAUUGAAAAUAAUUUAAAAUUACCAAAUUUACCAACAGUAUUCCCUGAACCUAUCAUUAAUGAACAAUUUUUAGCCGAAAUUAAGAAAUGCAACUUCUCAUAUUCCAUUGAUGGGCUGGAUCGUUUAAUUCGAUGUCACGGACAAACUUUACAAGACAUUUAUAUGUUAUGGAAUAACGAAUAUAAAAGAAUUCCAGAUUUAAUAGUAUGGCCCACAUGCCAUGAUAAUGUCAAAAAAAUUGUAGAUUGCGCGCAAAAUUAUAAUGUAGUAAUUAUCCCGUUUGGGGGUGGUACAUCUGUUUCAGGAUCAGUUACAUGCCCACAAAAUGAAAAACGAAUGAUUUGUGUUGUGGAUACAUCGCAAAUGAAUAAAAUGCUGUGGUUAAAUCGCAAAAAUUUAACUGUAUGUUUUGAAGCAGGUAUUGUUGGACAAGAUUUAGAAAAAGAAUUACAAAAAAAUGGAUUAACUGUUGGUCACGAACCUGAUAGCUAUGAAUUUUCUACUUUGGGUGGUUGGGUUGCAACCAGGGCAUCGGGUAUGAAAAAAAAUAUUUAUGGGAAUAUCGAAGAUCUUUUAGUAAAAGUUACGCUAGUAACUCCAGUUGGUGUGUUAGACAAAGAAACUUCAGCGCCAAGGAUUUCUUGCGGUCCAGAUUUUAACCAUAUAGUUUUAGGUUCUGAAGGUACCUUAGGUGUUGUUACAAAGGUGAUAUUGAAAGUUAGACCAUUACCACCGGUUAAACGAUAUGGUUCUUUGGUAUUCCCAAAUUUUGAAGAUGGAAUUAAGUUUAUGAGAGAGGUAGCUGAAAGACGUUGUCAGCCAGCUAGUGUACGAUUAAUGGAUAAUGAGCAAUUUAUACUAGGACAAAGCUUAAAAGAAGCUAAGGGAUGGGUUGGUAGUUUUUUUGAUAGUGUAAAGAAAACAUACAUUACACGAGUAAAAGGUUUAGAUUUAACUCAAAUAUGUGCUGCGACACUUUUAUUUGAAGGUGAAAGCGAGGAUGUUAAACGCCAAGAAACUCUUAUAUAUGAAAUUGCCAAAAAAUAUAACGGAUUCGCUGCUGGAGGACAAAAUGGUGAACGUGGAUAUAUCUUAACUUUUGUUAUAGCAUAUAUCAGAGAUUUUGCUCUUAGUAAUGAUAUUGUUGCUGAAUCAUUUGAGACAUCAGUUCCGUGGGAUCGAUGUAGCACUUUAUGUCGAAAUGUUAAAGCAAGAAUAGCUUUCGAUUGUGAGAAACAAAAGAUUUCUCACUAUUUGGUUUCAUGUCGCGUGACACAAACUUAUGAUACUGGAUGUUGUAUUUAUUUUUAUUUUGCAUUUAGAUUUUCAGACAUUCCAAACCCAGUAGAAAUAACUGAACAAAUUGAAAAUAAUGCUCGUGAUGAAAUUCUUGCUUGUGGUGGAUCGAUAUCACACCACCAUGGUGUUGGUAAAUUGCGUAGUAAAUGGUAUAAGGAAACUGUAUCAGAAACCGGAAUUGAAUUGUAUAAAGCAGCAAAAAGAAAAUUAGAUCCAAAAAAUAUUUUUGCUGCCGGAAAUUUACUUACAUCAAAUGAAUGGUCACAAUUUAAAGCUAAGUUGUAAUUAUCAUAAAUUUAUAAGAAAAGAUUCAAGCAUCCCUAGGCAAAUUUCAUGUUUUUGUCCCUUCACGUUUUAGUUGUUUUGCUUAUAAAAUUGCAUUUGGAAAUUUACAAAGUUAUAUUGAAUUAAAAAUAGGAUGUGUAUCUGAUUAGUUAUCCGUAAUAUUGUAAUGAAUUUGCAUUAAAAUUAAAAACAGAAUAAA